AUGUUAAUUCCCAAAGCAAACUUCUUACAUACACACGAGCUCACAGACACAACCCCAAAGACAAAACCCCACAGGCAAAAAAAAAACCCGACGGACAUAGGUCGAGAGGCACAAGACCCACAGUCACUGGUCCACAGACACAAGCCCACAGACACUGGUCCACAGGCACAAGGCCCACAGACACUGGUCCACAGACACAAGCCCACAGACACAGCCUCACAGGCAAAACCCUACGUGCACGAGUCCAGAGGCCACAGACAUAAGUGCACAGACACAAGCCCACAGAUACAGGUCCACAGACACAGGUCCACAGACGCAAGCCCACAGACACAAGCCCCCAGAAACAAGGUCACAGAGACAAGCCUACAGACACAAGGCCUCAGACACACGCCGACGGACACAAGCCAACAGACACAAGCCAACAGACAAGCUCACAUGAACGAGGCCACAGACACAAGCCCAGAGACACAAGGCCACAAACACAGGUCCACAGACACAAGCCCACAGUCACAAGCCCACAAACACAAGCCCUCAGACAGAAGGCCACAGACACAAGCCCACACACACAAGCCCACAGUCACAAGCCCACAAACGCAAGCCCAGAGACACAAGCCCACAAACACAGGUCCACAGACACAAGCCCAGAGACACAGGUCCACAAACACAAGGCCACAGAUACAAGCCCACAAACACAAGCCUCCAGGCGCAAGGCCACAGACACAAGCGCACAAACACAUGCUCACAGGCACAAGCCCACAAACACAGGUCCACAGAGACAAGCCCAGAGACACAGGUCCAAAAACACAAGCCCACAAGAGAAAGGCCACAGAUACAAGCCCACAAACACAAUCCCACAGGCGCAAGGCCACAAACACAGGUUCACAGACACAAGCCCACAGACACAAGCCCACAAACACAAGCCCACAAACACAAACCCACAGGCGCAAGGCCACAGGCCCAAUCCCACAAACACAAGCCCACAGGCCCAAGGCCACAAACACAGGUCCACGGUCACAAGCCCACAGAUACAAGCCCACAAACACAAGGCCACAGACACAAGCCCUCAGACACAAGCCCACAAACACAAGGCCACAACCACAAGGUCACAGUCACAAGCCCACAAACACAGGUCCACAGACACAAGCCCACAAACACAGGUCAACAAACACAAGCCCACAGUCACAAGCCCACAGAAACAAUCCCACAGACACAAGCCCACAGACACAAGCCCACAAACACAGGUCCACAGACACAAGCCCACAGAAACAAGCCCACAAACACAAGGCCACAAGCGUCCACAGACGCAAGCCCACAGACACAAGCCCCCAGAAACAAGGUCACAGAGACAAGCCUACAGACACAAGGCCUCAGACACACGCCGACGGACACAAGCCAACAGACACAAGCCAACAGACAAGCUCACAUGAACGAGGCCACAGACACAAGCCCAGAGACACAAGGCCACAAACACAGGUCCACAGACACAAGCCCACAGUCACAAGCCCACAAACACAAGCCCUCAGACAGAAGGCCACAGACACAAGCCCACACACACAAGCCCACAGUCACAAGCCCACAAACGCAAGCCCAGAGACACAAGCCCACAAACACAGGUCCACAGACACAAGCCCAGAGACACAGGUCCACAAACACAAGGCCACAGAUACAAGCCCACAAACACAAGCCUCCAGGCGCAAGGCCACAGACACAAGCGCACAAACACAUGCUCACAGGCACAAGCCCACAAACACAGGUCCACAGAGACAAGCCCAGAGACACAGGUCCAAAAACACAAGCCCACAAGAGAAAGGCCACAGAUACAAGCCCACAAACACAAUCCCACAGGCGCAAGGCCACAAACACAGGUUCACAGACACAAGCCCACAGACACAAGCCCACAAACACAAGCCCACAAACACAAACCCACAGGCGCAAGGCCACAGGCCCAAUCCCACAAACACAAGCCCACAGGCCCAAGGCCACAAACACAGGUCCACGGUCACAAGCCCACAGAUACAAGCCCACAAACACAAGGCCACAGACACAAGCCCUCAGACACAAGCCCACAAACACAAGGCCACAACCACAAGGUCACAGUCACAAGCCCACAAACACAGGUCCACAGACACAAGCCCACAAACACAGGUCCACAGACACAAGCCCACUGACACAAGCCCACAAACAACAGGUCAACAAACACAAGCCCACAGUCACAAGCCCACAGAAACAAUCCCACAGACACAAGCCCACAGACACAAGCCCACAAACACAGGUCCACAGACACAAGCCCACAGAAACAAGCCCACAAACACAAGGCCACAAGCGCAAGACCACAAGCGCAAGACCACAGACACAGGCCCACAGACACAAGCCCUUUGA